AGUUGAAGGUAAAAGCCCUCUCUUCAUCCUGCGCCUUCAUCCUCCCGAGAACUCGCUGCCUAUUGUCGCCACAGUCUUUAACUAAAAUACACAUCAACAACAACAACAACGAACAACAACCAUGUCGGUGUUUUGCGAGGUCCCACAAGCAGCCCCCGUAGCUGUCUUCAAGCUAUCGCAGGAUUUCAAUAACGACCAAUUUCCCAAUAAGGUGAACCUCGGAGUGGGAGCCUACAGGACAGAUGAGGGCCAACCAUGGGUUUUGCCUGUGGUUAAAAAGGUUGAGAAGAUAAUUGUGCAAGAUGAGAGCCUAAACCAUGAGUACCUGCCCAUCCUGGGCCUGCCUGACUUCAGGUCCUCGGCUUCUAAGAUCGCACUGGGAGAAGACAGCCCUGCCAUCCAGGAGAACAGGGUGGGGGCGGUCCAAUGUCUGGGUGGAACAGGUGCUUUGAAGAUGGGCGCCGAAUUUCUCAGAUGUUUCUACAAUGGCAACAAAAACACCAAAACCCCAAUCUAUGUGUCUGCACCUACCUGGGAAAACCACAACGCCGUAUUCGCCAACGCCGGCUUCGAGGAUGUCCGUCCAUACAGGUACUGGGACGCAGAGAACAGGGGCCUCGACUUUGCUGGUUUCCUUGAAGACCUGGAGAGUUGUCCAGAACACUCUGUGUUUGUGUUGCAUGCAUGUGCCCACAAUCCAACCGGCACAGACCCCACGCAAGAGCAGUGGAUGCAGAUCGCAGAAGUUAUGAUGCGGAGGAAGCUGUUUGCCUUCUUCGACUCUGCUUAUCAGGGAUUUGCCUCGGGCUGUCUGGAUAAAGAUGCCUGGGCGGUCCGCUACUUUGUCUCCGUGGGCUUCGAAAUGUUCUGCGCCCAGUCGUUCUCCAAGAACUUUGGCCUCUACAAUGAGCGUGUGGGGAACCUGACCGUUGUGGCUCGUGACGCUGACAACCUCAAGCGAGUUCUGUCCCAGAUGGAGAAGAUUGUCAGGACCACUUGGUCGAACCCACCGUCUCAGGGAGCUCGCAUUGUUUCCAUCACUCUCAAUUCCCCCGAGCUCUUCGCUGAAUGGAAGGACAACGUGAGGACCAUGGCCGGCAGGGUUUUGAUGAUGAGGGCUCAGCUAAAAGCUAAGCUGGAAGCUCUGGGAACACCGGGCACCUGGGACCACAUCACACAGCAGAUUGGCAUGUUCAGCUUCACAGGCCUCAACCCCAAACAAGUGGAGUACAUGGUGAAAGAGAGACACGUCUACUUAAUGGCCAGUGGUCGCAUCAACAUGUGCGGUCUGACCAGCAGGAACAUAGACUACGUGGCCGAGUCCAUCCACGAGGCCGUCACCAGGGUCCAGUAGAAGACUACACUACCCACAGUUCCCAGUUCCCCCUCCAGCCCGGCCCUGAGCCACCCGAUUCCAGCCAAAGGGGUUGUGUCUAGUAGAUUUCACUGAGGAACCACACACUUUUUUU